AUGGCGAAUCCCUACAUCCUCGCGUCCGACAACUCGCCCGCGCUGCUGCCCCUCCUGCGCGCAAACCCUGCGCUCGCCGCGGGACAGGACGAGCACGGCUACUCCCUCCUCCACGCCGCCGCAUCCUACAGCCAUCUCGACCUCCUGCGCACCCUGGUCGACGAGUUCAAGGUCGACGUUAACCUGACAGACGAGGACGGGGAGACCUGCCUGUUCGUCGUGGAGGCGGUCGAGGUAGCCCGCUAUCUGGUCGAGGAGUGCGGGAUAGACAAGGCGAAGAAGAACGACGAGGGACUCACGGCCGCAGAGUCAAUCACGAACGAUGGCUCGUUCCCGCUCGUUGCUGCGUACCUGAAUGAUAUCAUCAGCGCAGAUGUGAAGCUGGAUGGCACGGGAGGAGCUCUUCCGUCGAACGUGAAGGUCUCGUUUGGCACGACCGAACAGGGCGAUCAGGAGGUGGCUAUCGAUCCUGCGUUUAGACAGAGGAUAGAGGAGCUUGCGGCGAGAGAGAAUUUCCAUAGCGAGGAGGGACAGCAGGAGUUACGCGGACUUGUGGCGGAUGCGCUUCGAGAAUCCAACCCAGAUUCACAGCAACGGGAUACCAAGCGGCGGCUUGGUUGA